AUGACGCAGGAGGAAUGGGGUUGGCUGCAGUUGAUACCAAAACCAAAUCUCAACCACUUUGUCACCGGGUGGAUUGACUGGAACUUGGCCCUGGACAUGAAAGGGGGACCCAACUGGGUGGACAACCCCGUGGAUAGCCCCAUCAUCGUGAACCCCCUCACAGAUGAAUUCUACAAACAGCCCAUGUUCUAUCACCUGGCACAUUUCAGCAAAUUCAUCCCGGAAGGCUCCGUGCGAGUCGCUCUCACUUCCAACUGCUUGUUCGACAGCUGUCAGUUAAAGACCUCAGCUUUCCUGAGACCCGAUGGCACCGCGGUGGUUGUGGUGUUGAACGACCGGUCUGUCAAUAUUUCUUUCGCUAUCUCGGACGAUCAGGUGGGUUCCAUUAAGGAUUCGGCGAGAGCUAACUCCAUCCAAACCUACCUGUGGAGGAGGCCCCUUUGAGGUCCUGAGGCGGGGAAGGUAAUUCGCUACUCGCUCAGGAAGAGCGGCCUCUGCAGAGAAGAGACCUUGUGUCACAGCCCACAACUCACGCAUUGAAGAAGCCGCUCCAGCUAAACCAGUGGAAUGUCAGCCUCAGGAGGCAUCAAACUUGGUUGAUACAACACAGGCACAAUCACAACACCUGGAGCAUACUCAGUCUCCAAUCCCUUGGACAUGGACCGUAGAGCUGAGAGCAGAGCAACGGUGCUCAAUGAGGUUCCUUGUCAAACAAGGGAGUAGCUAUCUU